CUAUUGCUAGAGAGAGGCGCUAGUAUCAACGCGAAGGGUGGUUAUUUUGGUAAUGCGCUUCAGGCAGCUUGCUUUAAUAGUUCUAAGGACGUUGUAGAACUAUUACUAGAGAGAGGCGCUGAUAUCAACGCCAAGUGUGGUGAAUACGGCAGUGCACUUCAGACAGCUUGCUCUAACGGUUGUAGAGAUAUUAUACAGCUAUUGCUAGAGAGAGGCGCUGAUGUGAACGCUAAGAGUGGUUAUUACGGUAAUGCACUUCAGGCGGCCUCGUUUUUUGGGCGCACGGAAAUUGUGGCAUUGCUGAGAGCAAAUGGGGCCAAACAGGACGAAACAGAACCUUGA